UAUGUCAAAGACUCACCAGAAGAAUGUUCAGAAAUGUAAGAAACUGAUCAAACAGCUGAGCAGACAGGCAGCAAUAAAGGCAGAGAAGAAUGCUGCUUUGGACGAGCAGCUUGCCAACAUGCAAGUGACUGUGGCUGAGAGGAGACACAUCUAUGAAGCCAUAGCUAUGGAGGAGAACCAGGAGAGUGAUGCAGAGGAGAGGUACCAGGAGAUCAUCCAGAGAAAGAAGCUGGUAGACCUGAUCAGAGCACAGGCUGAGGAAGUGGCUGUCCUCAGGGCAAAGUUGGAGCGCAUGAGGAUGAAGACCUUCCCUGUUCUUGACCAGCUUAAACAUGACUGA